AUCGAUUCCCCCUCCCUCACGUCCUUCGCCCUUCGUCUUUCCGGCCCCCUUCCCCUUCCCUUCGCUCCCGCACACUUUCGUUCUUCUCUGACGCCGCGCGUCUGUACCCUUUCGCUUCCCCGGACCAGGUGUCGCCUUCGCUCCUCGUCCUUUCGCUCGCUUUCAGCCAACCCUCGUUUUUCGGUCUCUCGUCCAUUGUCUUUUUUGUCAGGCUGUUCGGUAGCUUGACAUCGACAACUUCUCGCUCUGAAAGAACACCGGCAUCCAUAAUCUGCGACAAUGCUGUCCCCCAUCCUCUUCACCGCCGUCCUUUCCCUCCUAUCUGGCCCCUCGAUGGUCGAGGGCCGCUCGCAUUGGUUCAAGCGGGACGUUCCCGUGCCUGCGCCUAGCGCCCCUGCGGCCUUGAUCGCCCGCGCCGCUUCCGUGGGCAGCUUCGGCUCGUGCACGAAGCCUGAGAUUUCCUUCAACACCGGCUUCGACGGGCGCACGGAGACGAGCUUUAGGCCUAUCAAUCGUCGCUCCUACGACCGUGGUUCCGCACUCAACAUCGCAACCGUGACGAAAGUUAUCUGCGAUACGUUGACCACUUGCGGCGCGGACCAGACGGCGCUCGACAACUGCGCGAAGGCGGCUGCAGCAGCGAAGCAGCAGCCCGAGGGCACGGGUGCGCAAGCUGAUGCCUUCAACGCGGUCUUUGGGUUGAAGACGAACUUCUCCGCUAUCAAAGCCGUCGCGCCCAGCGGAGGGUCUACCAGCUCGGGCAAUUCGGGCUCAGGCUCAAGUGCUACGACCACCGCCGCUGCGAGCGCCGCGACAACGCAGGCCGCGUCUUCAUCAUCUGGGAACCUCGGCGGCGCGAGCUUUGGCAGCUGCUCGGUGCCGCAGAUCGAGUUUGCCGCUGGGUUCGAUGGGAGGAGGGAGACUUCGUUCCAGCCGACCGACAAGACUUCGUACAGCCACGGGUCUGCGCAGGCGAUUGACAUCAUCUCUCAAUUUGUCUGCGACCAGCUCACGAACUCGUGUAAGGCCAACCAGGCUGCGAAGGACCUAUGCCAGACUGCGCGUAGUGCGGCUGAUGGCAAGACGGCGAAGACGGGUGCGCAGGCGGACGCGUUCAACGCGGUCUUUGGGAUCACGACGAACUUCGCCAGCGUUCAGCCCAUCGAUGACCAGGGGCGGCCCGUCAACCUUUAAGCUCAAGCAGCGCGGAUGCAUGUAGCGAACACGUCAGGGAGGGUGGGGAGGUCUUGCAACUCGGGACUCGGGGGCAGCUAGGGCCUGCCUCGCCUGGAUUUGCAAGGCUGACCGUCCUCCUCUGGCGAAGACACCGGAAGCGUUAUCGGUGCAUUUCUUUCUUUGUAGAAUAAGUUUGCUUCUGUGGAGGGUACAUUAGUAGGGUCAAUUUCUGGGCAAUGUCAAGGGUGAAAGAACAA